AUGCUUGGAUCUGAUGGAGUUGUACGACUUAACCAGUCGUCAUUUCCUACAGCAGAAAGCCAACAUGAGUAUAGUCGAUAUCAAGAUGCUAAAACAGGAUUAGAAGAACCUACUCACUCGAACCCUUUGCAUUUUGUUAGGCAUUUCAAUGGACGGAACACUACACAUACCUCGAAUCACACAGAAGAUCAAUCUCAAUCAACAGUUUUCACAAUGGUGAAUAAACAAUUCCAACCAAGCAUGACAACAAUGAAUACCGUGGUCAAAGAAGAUAAUGAUAUUUCGAAUUCAAAUAGCAACCAUGACAACAAAUAUAAUAAACUGAACGAGGAGUCACUGAUGAAAGACGACACUCACAGUCAUACUUCUCAAAAGUUCAAAGUACUGCAACAGAGUAUGAAAGAGGAGCUAUAUAACAGUACAACCAAAUCAUCAAACAAACGAAAUAGAAGGUUUAUCACUUCCCGACUGUCCUCACUAGGACCUGCCAAACGUAACCUUUCUACAAGUUUCAAUGUGGAUUCCCCUAGUGAAUCCAGGGUUGAUAAUAGUCAAAUCAACAGUAGCAUAAUAAAUGAUACAUCUAACAUUUCCCAGCAAGAUAUUGAAAAUUCGCAUACCUCUAAUAGUUCUAAUACAGGUUACAGGUACCAUGACCAUAACAUUUUUCUAGAGACUCACAGACAACAUUCAACACCCAGCCACGAUGAGAACAAGGACCCUUCCGCCAAUCUGCAACCUAACAUCAACUAUGAGAAUAUAGAUUUUGGUGAUCUCAACCCAUACCAGUACCUAAAGAAGUAUAAUCUUCCCAGUGGUGAGCUUCCGUACAUCUCGAAAGUAUAUUUUGAAAGGCAAAAGGAAGAGAAUAGAAAAACCGUGUUGAGAAAGGCCACCUCUGGAACGCUGGCGUUAAAGAGGGAAUUCACUCAAUAUAGGAGAACUCAAACAGCUCGGCAACCACGGAGAAAACACAACUUUGGCACAGAUAAAACGUCGUUACAGGAUCCGCUUUCUUCUCCAUUGCAGAAAAAUCAGCUGGUAUUCCAGGAGGUAGAUCGUGAACUAGCUAACAAACGCGAAGCGCUGAAACCAUUAGAUGUCAAUAAUCCAUCUAGCAGUCAAGAAGCUAAGCGACCAAAGUACGAAAAUGAUCAUGUACCCGAGGAUUAUCGACCUCCUUUUUUCUCCCAUAGGAAGGCACCAUCGCCACAUGAUUCGAAACCCUUUAAAAAGGUCGAGAUAGUGGAACCUCCGAAAUCCACUGUUGAAGUUAUUCCUUUGAAGUCCGAGGGUUGCGAUGUUUCAUCAAAACUGAACAAGGGGGAUAAUUAUCUGAACUAUAAUGGCUCCUUUGAUACAAAGAAGAGAACCUCGUAUGCUGUUCCAACGAUCACAGUGAACGGUACCGCAUAUGAAAAGGUGGAACUACUCGGCAAAGGUGGAUCGGGUAAAGUUUACAAAGUGAAAUCUUCUGAUCACAAGGUAUACGCGUUGAAACGCGUGUCUUUCGAUGAAUUUGAUGAGUCCAGUAUUGAUGGCUUCAAAGGGGAAAUAGAGCUUCUAAAGAAACUAGAAAACAAGCAGCGAGUUGUUAAGUUAAUUGACUAUCAUAUGGGACAAGGUGUCUUAUUUCUCCUAAUGGAAUGUGGUGAACAUGAUCUAUCCCAAGUAUUGACUCAGAGAUCCAAAAUACCAUUUGAUACGGAAUUUGUCAGAUAUCACUUUCAAGAAAUGAUAAAAUGUGUGAAGGUGGUUCACGAUGCUGAUAUUGUCCAUUCUGAUUUGAAACCCGCAAAUUUUGUUUUCGUCAAGGGAAUGUUAAAGAUAAUUGAUUUUGGGAUUGCGAAUGCGGUUCCCGAUCACACUGUAAAUAUUUAUCGAGACAACCAGAUCGGAACUCCCAAUUAUAUGGCUCCCGAGACUUUGGUUGCAAUGAACUUCACAAGGAAUGAUGGUGAACAAGCCAAAUGGAAAGUGGGUAAACCAUCAGAUGUUUGGUCCUGUGGAUGUAUCCUCUACCAAAUGGUGUACGGAAAACCGCCUUAUGGUACGUUCCAGGGAAACAAUAGGUUAUAUGCGAUCAUGAAUCCUGAUGUUAAGAUUCCUUAUCCUGAAAAAGACUCUUUCGGUACAGUGAUACCAAGAACUGUUAUUGACACUAUAAGAUCAUGUUUGGAAAGAAAUCCCAUAUCUCGUGUUACAAUUGACCAGCUAUUAAGUGGUGCAUUAAUUAAUCCUGUCACCGUAACAAAAUUCUUCAUACAUGAUUUGAUAAAAAAUGCAGUAAACUAUGGUUGCGAUCAAAAACAUGUCAAUAAUGAGCGUGUGGAAGAAUUAUCUGAAGAUGUUUGGAACAAACUAGCUGAAUUUAAAUUAUAG